GUACUUUGGGCCGAAGCCAAAGAUUGUCAAGUACCAUGAUCUCUUGGAGAAAUUAUGGGGAUGGGACAGACUGCUACCAAAGGCGACUUCCGUGUCUUUGUCUGUCUAUAUCACAUACCUUGAAGAGUAUCACCGUCGCAAUGUGCACGCAGUUACUACGGACACGAGCAUAUCUGCUCUCGCUGAGACUUGUCUCAGCAAUGAGAAGCAACUUGUAUCUGAGUUGAAGCUCUGGGUGACACGUGAACAGGAGACGAGCUUGAUGAUACAGAGAUCAAUCAUUCUGAGUUGCCUGAUCCAGGAGCAUGCACGCUCAGUGGUCCACACAGCAGAUAAAAGCAGCUUUUCUGAUGUUUCUGGUGCGGCUUUGUUGUGUAUUGCCAAGGACGCUGGCCUGACGUGUGAGUUGCUGAGGCGUGGCGCUGAUCCCAUUGAUGAUUAUUUAAUCAACCAGGGCAGAGUGAUACGCUCGUGUGCCUUGAGCCUAAUGAACUGCACUUCUGUUUAUUCCUCUGCUGCUAUGUUGGGUAUGGCAAAGGAGGCUGAAAUGAUGUGUAUGUGGAUGCUUAAAAAUAACAAGCCUGUUGAUUUCUAUGAUGAUCCCAUACCUCAUGAGAUUCAAGACACACACAUAGUCCGGUCCGGUACCUUGAAUUUUAUGGUCAGCAUACUAGAAAAGUCUUCUGCUGAGCACAAGAUUGAUAAGGAAGAACCUGCUAGUAGAAGUGGUCCUCGUGGUGAUGGGUAUGGCAUUGCUGUUGAUGGAGCAGCAAACACCACAAGGGGCAGCAUGGAAGAAGGUUUUUGGGAGAAACUAUGGGGUUGGGAAAGGCUGGUCCCACUAUGCAGUUAUGUUAAGUGGUCUGACUAUGGCAGAUAUCUUGAGGAGUAUUACAAACACAAUGCUAAUGAGUUUGUUGCUGCUGCUGCUGCCAAGAAUCCACAAAAUACCAAUACUACUGAUAUGGGUGCUGCUGUUGCCAAAUUCUGUCUCAAGAUGGAGGAGGAACUCCUGCGGUGUAGCCUGGAUGACGCCAGCACUAUCAUUGAGAGUAGCCUGAUCAAGGACCGUGCACUUAAAAUCUGUGGCACCAGGGAUAUUCCUUCUAUUGUUGCUUUUGUGGUAUGUGCCUACCUUGCCUGAAGAGGCCAAGCAAAACAUUUUUUUUACUGUACCAGGAAUGCUAUUCCUUUCGGAAUCCUAGUGAUUGAAUUUGUGCUGC